CUUUGGUUGCUCCUUCCUUUGUUCACCUCUUUCAUCUCCCUCAUGACCACAAAGUCUCCAUCACAAACACAACCCAAGGUUCAGCCUGUUAUCCCAACUCCCAACGUUCCUCCUCAACCCAACAUCAUACCCUCACCUGUGCUGGAUCCAGUUGUAAUUUCUGCUGCUGUAGAAGCAAAGAUGCAGCAGUUUCUGAUGGAGCUUCAGCUUAAACAAGAUGAGCUUCUCUCCAAGCUGAAGGAGAAACAUCAACUGGACGUGGAUUUUAUGAAAGCAAAAUUGGAGGCUGCGGACUCAGACAUUCGCCGUAACCUGGAGAAGGAGAUUUCUGGUCUGGGAAAACAGAUAGCAGAUUACCAGACAGACAGCCGCUCUGCUACUGCUAGCCUCAGCUCCAAGAUCCAAACUCUGGAGACCCAGAAUGCUAAGCUGUCCCAGGAGCUAUCAUCCAUCCAGAUAGCAGCCACUCCAACCCCUUGUCCUGAAACCGACACCCUCUCCGUCCACAAUCAACUCACACCAGAGCUCCAACAGGCCUUGGAGAAGUGGUUUACUGAUCGUAUCAAGGAACAGGAUGCAGUCAUGGUUGGAGACAAAGGAGGCUGCUCAGAGUGCAGACGUCCCAUGGCAGACAAGAUGGCAGACUUUGCUCUUGAGACUCAAGGUGCCAGCAUUGUCAGCACACGGUGUUCAGAGACGUAUCGCAUUCGAUCAGCAUGUGUGACUCUUUUUGGUUUUCCUCUCUGGUAUCCAUCUGAAAGCCCACGGACUGUCAUCCAGGGUUACCCGGUUCUCCUUCCAGGGAAAUGUUGGGCAUUCCACGGAGUCCAAGGCAACCUGGUCAUCUCUCUGUCACACCCCAUCACCAUAAGUCAUGUGACUCUGGACCACCUGCCACGCUACAACUCCCCCACCGGCCACAUCAACUCUGCACCGAAAGACUUUGAAGUCUAUGGGUUGAAAAACGACACAGAAGAAGGAACUCUGCUUGGGACGUUUACUUACGAGGAAAACGGAGGGUCAACUCAGACAUUUAAACUACCUACCCCCAACGACGCAGUGUAUCGGUUUGUUGAGCUGCGAGUUCUCUCUAACUGGGGUCACGCCGAGUACACAUGCCUGUACCGCUUCCGUGUUCAUGGAAAGAUCGCCUCCACAUAGGCGUACCUCUGCAUCACUCGCCUAAAGACACGAAAGUUCUCAUUUUAAGUCUGAUGAGUUGCAGACCAAGUGAUCCUGAAAAGCUGUGGAGUAUUGUUACUCAUGUGACACAGCUGUAUGGAAAACAGCAGGUAUUUGAUUUGUUUUUUUUUGUGGUUUCAUCCAGUAAUGCUGAAGUUACAGACAUCAUUGGGAAGCUAAUUGUGCAGUGCACAUUUGGCUUUUCAGUUCUAAGAUUAAAGGUAUAACAAAAAAUCUACCUAGUUAGAGCUUUGAACGGCAUAAGAUUCUGGUAACCUUAUGCUUGUAAUCCUGCCACUAGAUCAUGUUUAAUAUUUUGUUACUGAUCGUUUGUAUUUAUGAGGACUUUCCUGCUGCAUAGGCCUCCAAUGCAUAUAUGAGAACUUUUCUAGUUGUACCUUAAUUAGUAGUAUCCAGACUGAAUAAAUCUGAAAAAAAUAACAUUUUUACUUUUUCUAAAAUGCAGCUUAUAACUAAUUACAGGUUACAGAUUAUGUUGAACGCUAAACACAUUUCAACAUGUCUUCUUUUUAUAAGAAUAAUGAAGGUCUAGUCUGUUCAAACUUUAUUUGCACCUUUUUAAAAACAAUCUUUGAUCACUGCGGUGAUAUUCCCCUUUUGACUGACUUGUAAAAAUAAUUGAAGGCAGCAGUGAAGCAUGUUUAUUCAGUAUUGUUUAUUAAUAACUUAAAUUUGAUUGACUAUUCUACAAAGAAUAAUGGUAUUUAUGCAGCUUUUUAUCAUCAAUUUGCACUCUUCCAGUAGACUCUAGUGUGCUGUUUUUUGUUUUAUUUUUGGUACUUAAGAUACUUGAAUAACCUUGUUGCUAACCUCUUUUAUAAGACGCCAUGCUAAAGGCAUGAAAGAUCUCUUUCUGCUUCCUUGUACAGAGGAUUUUAUAUGACCUUUUCAACCUGAAAUGAAAGGUGUUUUUAUUUGAUAGACAAUAAUAUAUAUGUAAAUUUAUAUUAGAUUUGCUUUGAAUAUUGAAAAUCCUGAUAAAAGUAUUUUUAAAGAUUCCGAUGUUUCAUUUCAAUCUGUUAAUUGGCAGGACUUUCAGCAGCUUUUUGUUGAUUUAUAUGUUGCACAGAAUAUUUGAAUUUGAUUGAGAAGAAUGUUUAAUACUUUACUCUGUGAUGCACUAGAUGUGUUAUUGUAAUUUGUUUUAAUUCAUCGGUUCAAAUUCGCACAAAA